UGUUGGUGCUUUCGUUCAUUUUAUUUUGCAUUAGAAAGUGCUGCAACUCUCCGGCGAUUGCUGUUCUUGGUUGUCGCUGGAUUUUGCUAUUUCAGUAAAUGGGGAGGAACGCUGUGUGAGGAACUGCAUGUUAACAUUUGAUUUAGGCCUGGCUGCGGCGAAGUAGAGAUCUUUUUCUUCUGCCUUCAUUUAAAGCGAUCCCACUGUGAUAUAGUUGAUAGAUUCGUUUGUCGGUAAAUUAACAGGGAUUCAUCUUUUGCUCCAUUGAAUGAAUAGGAGCUGAUUGAGAAAUUUUGUUUUCUUUUCUUAUUUUUCGUGAGGAUACUGUUGCUUAACUUUUAUUUAUUCUUUUUUUGUUAAAUUUUAUUGUCAACUUAUGUUGUGAAUUCCAUAUCGAAAUGUUUAGAAAAUCUCCAUGAAUUGAAGUUUGUCAGGAGUAUUGAUUCGCCAAGUUGUUAUUUAGUUUUUUCAAAUCAAGAAUUUGUUUGCGAAGUUUGGUUUUGGCACAUAAAAAAUGUGUUAUGACUAUUUUGCAGAAUUCUGUGCUUUUUUGCGUAGAAAGAAAAAAUCACUUCCUUUCUGAGCUCAUUACCAUGAUCUUUUAAGCGACACUUUUAACACGUUUUUGGAAAUUAAAGAUUUGGAUGCCGCCUUUAAAUGGCUUCAGAUUGGGUGUCGGUCUUGUUUUAUGGUCUCCUAAAUCUGUAUCUAUACUGUGAGAUAUGCCUUCACUGUGAGAUGUGCAUUUUUUCCCCCCUACUAAACUCAUUCUAUCCUUAUACAAUACUUUCUUUUUGCUUGAAAGGCUUCAACUCUGGUUUGUUCAAGCAGACAGAGCCACAUAUAGAAAUCUCAAAUCUCAUGCUGCUUUACUGAACUGCCGAUGAGCAGAACUGAUGUUAUUGGCAGUAGAAGGAGGAGGAUUCUUCUCUUCUUCAGCUUCAGGAUAUAGUAAGGGCCUGACCCUUCUUCUCUUGGGUCAGAGGAGUGAGGAUAAACCCAUGAGAGUUUCCCCGUGGAACCAGUACCAGUUGGUAUACCAAGAAUCAGACCCCGAGCUCCAGCUGGCUUCAACAAAGAAUCGCAUUUCCCGCGGUUGCGCUUCCUUUGCUUGCUUUGGUCGCGCUUCCGCAGGGCUUGAAACACCAUCUCCUCUUAAAGUGGGCCCUGCCCAACAGCAUGAUGUCUCACCAGGGUCCUUGGUUUCUGACAAGGAGCAAUCUGUUCAUCUUGAUAAUAGUAAUGCUACAAGAAAAAUAGCACUUAAAAGUAGCCUAAAAAGGCCACAAGAUCAUAAGCCAACUCCCAUUGAAGCUGCUAAUGAACGUGAAGAAUCAGGCGGUGAGCGGAGUGAUUUUUCUGUUCAAAGAGAGCGCAGGAAAGUGCAGUGGACAGAUGCUUGUGGCAAUGAGCUCACUGAGAUACGAGAGUUUGAACCAAGUGAAGUGGAUGGAUCAGAUGAUGAAUUUGACAAUGGGAAUGACAGAACUUGUUCGUGUGCCAUUAUGUAAAAUUGAAUUUCCACCAUAAGACGAGUGGAACUCAUUUGCGUGGCGUCCAGGGAAUCACUGCUUCUAAUAGCAUCACUCAGCUUGUAGAGAAUGAAGCCACAAUUUUACAGGACAUCUGAGACGGACAUGGUAGAGAGUCCAAUAACAUGAUCUGCCUGAGUGAUCGUCUGUGUCGCAGCCUUCAAUUUUGUUCCUCUGCUUCUCACCGUCAUCAUCAUCAAUCAAUUUAUUGUAUAUUUCUUGUGUGAUUACAUUAUCUUUCGAUUCAUCACAUUUAUGCCAUUUCAUGUUCUCAUUGUUAUAUGGAUCGACGAAGUUUUAGUCCUAUCACCUAUGUUCUCAUCUUCAUCUAGAAGAAAAAUUAUACAAGCAUGAGAUUCCAUACAAAGUAUUUGAUAGCAGCUUGGUGAUGCUGAUAAACAAAGGGGCUUCUGAGUUAUGUCCUCUGCUUGAAACCAGGGCUGUGAACGGAAGGGUUGGAAACUGAGAAUUAUUCCGCUCGUUGCACUGAGUUUAGGGUUCAUUUGGUGUCACUGAGUUGCCCGAGUCGUGCGAGUGAAAAUCAUUUGUGGCAGUGUUCUCUUGGUGGUGUGUUUGAUGAAAGGGGGCACCACUCCUCCAUCAGGAAAACAUGUGUCAUUUAUCAGACGCUUAUGGUCGGGCUCUGGAUCCUUAGCUUUUCCGACGCGCCUGUUUAUAAAAUUAUAUAAAAAAUUU